CGUGUUCUGUUUUGUUAUUGUGCAGCGGCGGAGAAAAGGCAGGCAGAAGCAAAUGUGGGCGCGCACCUGUUUUAGAUGAAUUACGGUAGAGCAAGAGACUAAACUGUCCCUAAGAUCUCCCAACACAGACACAACCCGAGUAAUCCAACACUGAUUUCACACCGAAUGAGUAGAGGACAGACGAGAUGCCAAAAACUCGAGCAAGAAUCGUCGGGACUUCUGGAAAGCUUGUAUUCUAAAUAAUAAUAAGGAAAGUAAGAAAGAAGCCGGGGGGAAACCGCGAGGAAGAAGAAAUUAAACUGCGUUUUUAACUUCCAGAAGAGCGGUGACCAUGCAGCUAGUGAGCUAGUGCACGAUUAUUGUUUCGACUUAUCACUGAGUGAUCACUUUGUGAAAGGAAACAAAUAAAAAAGGGAAAGGACUAAUAAAGACGAUUGCCGCAGAAAGUAAUGAUCCUGCACCAUCUGUCCUAGAUCAAGAUUGCUUGUUUUUUUUUUUUAAUUUUACGUUGCUUUUUAUUUUUACCCUUUUUUGGAUCGCCGGGACAAUUCCUGAAACCUGGAAGUGAAAAAUCCACAUGGUCCAGGCGUAGUGUGAAAGUUGAAAUCUCCAGAAUUGCAAAACAGGUGACACGUGAUGAUGGUAGAAUCGGCAACUGAGACAAUUCGAACAACCCCCUCCAAUCAGAAUGGAGUCAGCAGCCUGAGCAGCCAACCAGACAGUGGCGGUCGAGAAGGCGGGUCCAAUGGGGACGCCACUGGCGAAGUGAAUCCUGUAGACUUGCUGCACCUCCAGCAACAGCAGGCUCUUCAGGCAGCACGGCAGUUCCUCCUUCAGCAGGCAACAGGCCUGAACAGUAACGAGAAUAAGCAGACCACCGUGCAGGUCCCAGUGUCUGUGGCCAUGAUGACGCCCCAGAUGAUCACCCCUCAACAGAUGCAGCAAAUCCUGUCUCCUCCGCAGCUCCAGGCUUUGGUUCAGCAACAGCAGGCGCUGAUGUUACAACAGUUGCAAGAAUACUACAAGAAGCAACAGGAGCAGCUGCAUCUCCAGCUCCUUACACACCAGCAGCAGCAGCAGCAGCAGCAACAAGCAGGCAAACAGGCCAAAGAGCAGCAGCUGGGGAAUAAACAGCUAGCGUUCCAGCAGCAGCUGAUCCAGAUGCAGCAGCUGCAGCAACAGCACCUCCUGAACCUGCAGAGGCAAGGCCUGGUGAGCCUGCAGCCCAGCCAGGGCGCCGUGCCUAUGCAGAGCCUGCAGCAAGCCAUGUGCCCUGCAGACCUCCAGCAGCUCUGGAAAGAUGUAGCCGGCAUGCAGAACCAAGACGACAACAUGAAGCACGAAGGUCUAGACCUGACAACCAACAGUUCCAACUCUACCUCUUACUCGGCUGCCAAGGCCUCACCUCAAAUAACCCAUCACUCUUUGCCAAAUGGACAGAACUCUGUUCACACUCCAAAGAGAGAGAGAGCAAGAGUCUUUGACUGGAUCUCCUCCUUCAUGAAAGCUGAACCUGCAGACGAGUACCGAACGCCACACUUGAAAAGCGGUUACCAACAAAACACUCACUCUUCCCAUGAGGAGCACACAGGCUCUCACCCUCUCUACGGACAUGGGGAGUGCAAGUGGCCAGGCUGUGAAGCUCUGUGUGAGGACAUGGGACAGUUUAUAAAGCACCUCAACAACGAACAUGCACUAGAUGAUCGGAGUACUGCACAGUGCCGGGUUCAAAUGCAAGUGGUUCAACAGCUAGAGAUACAGUUAUCCAAGGAGAGCGAGCGUCUGCAAGCAAUGAUGACACAUCUGCAUAUGAGGCCAUCGGAGCCAAAGCCUUUCAACCAGCCCCUCAAUCUGGCAGCCAGUGCCUCUCUUUUGAAGAGAGAGGGGGACACUUUCCCGGAAGGUUUACCUCACCCCCCCACCUCUGCCACGGCCCCCAUCACCCCCCUGCGCCAGGGGCCCUCCGUCAUCAGCUCCUCCAGCCUGCACAGUGUGGGGGGGGCCAUCCGCCGGAGGAACUCUGAUAAGUUCUGCACCCCCAUCGCCUCGGGUAAGGGCCAUGGAGGCUACUGCAGUUUACAGCUCCAGUUAGCAAUGGAGCUUGCACAGAAUCAGGAAUUCUACAAAAAUGCUGAUGUCAGACCUCCCUUUACCUACGCCUCGCUCAUACGACAUGCUAUAUUGGAAGCCCCAGAUAGGCAGUUAACCCUGAAUGAAAUUUACAACUGGUUUACACGAAUGUUCGCCUAUUUCAGGAGAAACACAGCAACAUGGAAGAAUGCAGUACGCCAUAACCUGAGCCUACACAAGUGCUUUGUCCGAGUAGAGAAUGUGAAGGGGGCUGUGUGGACAGUGGAUGAAGUUGAAUACCAAAAGAGGAGACCACCAAAGAUGACCGGAAGCCCAACUUUAGUAAAGAAUAUGAUUUCAGGACUUGGCUAUGGAUCGCUUAACGCAAGCUAUCAGGCGGCCCUGGCAGAGAGCAGCCUGCCUCUUCUCAACAGCCCCACCCUGUUGAACACGUCGACUGGCAGCAGCAUGAACAUGCUCCAUGUGGGUCACGAUGACGUCAGCAGCACCGUGGAGCAGAUCCACAGCAACGGCAGCAGCAGCCCGGGGCUUUCCCCCCAGCAGUACGGGCAUCAAAUUCACGUCAAGGAAGAGCCCGCUGAGUUACUAGAGGAAGACAACAGGCCUGUGUCGCUCAUGGCAACAAUGAACCAGAACCUGCCGUUGCCUGGCGACGAGCGAGAUUUGGAGGAGGAGCUGCCAGCGGUGGAGGAGCUGGAGUAGAAGCGCGUAUUCUCCAGCACUGCUUUCUCUACGACUUGUAAAGUAAAAACAAAACAAACAAACAGGGUCAGGCCUCACAUCUGCUCACAAACUUUUUAGCCACAGCACUGGGGUGCUUCAGAUCACCACUCAAGGCCCAUAGGCUCACCAGAAAGUCUUUCUAUAUAGAUACAUAUAUAUAUAUAUUUCUUUUGGUUAGUUUAUCUUCUCCUCUUCUGCUCAAAUUUCGUUGUUGAAGUCCGGUGACCGAAAUCUGGAUUGGAUGCUUCCUUAACCACAAAGAAAGGUAGUGUCCCUCUUCACUGCUUCUUCGGAUCAACUGCUAUACAAUGUGAAGUGACACAUAUUGGUGCUUUAGGCAUCUUGAGAAGAAGGGGGGUGGGGAUCCACUUGGAGGUACCUCUCUUACUAUACCUUAUCAGUAUGGAUACCAGUGUUUUCUGAUUUAAUCACAUUGCUUUCUUUUCUGAAAUAUACAUUUGUUGGGGGGAUGGGGGGAGGGGGUGUGUGAAAAUUACCUCAAAAAAUGAAUCCAUUGAAUGGACCCACAGUGACUAACGGACGGCUGAUUGACUCCUGAAGACCAGUCCCCUUGAUGUUCCCCGUGUUUGAAAAACACCUAGAAAGGUACCUACCCCCUUCUCGAACACAUUGGUUCUACACCGUUGGCCAACAGGCUGCAUUAAGGAGAACUGAAGAAAAAAAAAAUCUGUUUGGCCUCUUUUUCAGGUGUGGGUGGUGGCGGUGGUGGUGUUGGUAGUUAUUUCCAAUGUUUUUAGAUCAAGGCGCAAAAUGAUAUGCUUCUAACUACAGGCAACAACAUUAUAGCACUAAAAUUCGUUAUGAACAGACAAAAUUGGGUCCUCUGAAUUUGUUUGGGUACUCUGCUCAGCUGUACCAGACAACUCCAAAUAUUUUUGUUUUUAAAUUUGGUUUGUAUUAUUAUUAUUUUUUUUUUAAUUGGGGAUUCCUCAGGAAAAUCAAGGGACCAGGCCCUCCAAUCUGAGACGAGAGCUUUGUGGUCUCUGAAAAUCAAAUGAAGGUCUUGCUUUAAUGUUCUUCAGUGUCCUAUCCUCUAACGCUGUAAUCCAACUAGCAACUGCCAGUGACACAGUGUAGUUUUAAAUACUGUCAUUUCCACAGGGGUGACUGUACAGUAGCAGUUAUUUCUAAGGAUCAGAAACUUAAGGAUGACAUUUUACAGUUGCUACACUAGAUGUCUCAAGUUAACAAGUAUUGUUUUCAAAACACUUUUUUUAGCACAUUUUUUUUUCAGCCCUUCUGUCUCCUUCUAACUUUUUUUUUUUUUAGUAUUUAUUUAUAUUUUUUUUGUACAAAAUAGCACUUCCCAAAGGGAUCGGAAAUAUAUUUUCAAAAUAUGGUGUUUAUGGUUCAUACUUUUUUUUUUUUUUUUUUAAAUAUAUGGCUUCACAAUACAGACGGUGAGCCUGUAUUUAAUAAAUGAACACAUGUUUAAAUAUGUUUAACAUAUACCGUAUGUUAUGAUUUAUUUUCAAAUAUUUGUAUGUAAUAUAUUGAAAAUAUAUUUUCUUUCUGUAAGGGUUAACACAUAGAGAUAUGUAAGAUAAACUCUGUAUAGUGAGACUUGGUUUUCCAUCAGGCCAGUGUACUGUAACCGGGUACUAAAGGCACUCUGUACAGUCAUUAAACGAUCCAUCCCAAGUUCCAGCAGUAGUCAAUGUAUGUUGUGUUUUUACUAAUGUCUGCUGUCAUACAAAAAAAAGAAUUGCUUUAAAAACCACCACAGUCACUGAAUACCUCAUUCCACUAAGAAUCUACCUUGAUCAGCAUCCAAAUGUUUAAAAAAACAAAGAAAGUAGUGGAUUCUUGAUGUGGGCAAACAAUUCAGUGAUAGUAUCACUUUAAAGUUCUGAGAUAUAUAUAUAUAUAUAUAUAUAUAUAUAUAUAUAUAUAUAUAUAUAUCUAUAUAUAUCUAUAUAUAUAUGUUUGGAGCAGCUUAAGAGAUUUUAACUUUUGUCAGAGAGCACAAAAGCAUACCAUUUAUGUAGUGCCAUACCAAAUUGAACAACUUUCUUCCUUUAUUACUAUUAUAAUAUGUUUUUCCUUAAUAGUUUUUGUAUUAUGUCUUAUGUUUUUUUUUUUUCUUUUUGUUUUUUUUUCGUUACAGGUUACCAAAGAAACUUGUAGGAAACCAAAAACCAUUUUUUCUUUUUUUCUAAAAAUACUCGCCAAAAUAUUCCUUUUUCUUUCUUUCUUUCUUUUUUAAAUUAUUUUCAAAUGUGAUUGCUUACAGCACGGAGCAUUCCAAACCAAAGUUAACAAAAAAAAUAAAAGAAAUGAAUUUGGUUCCUUAAAAACUCUUUAAAGCGUUGGCAGUCCAAGAAGCAAAAAGUUACAGUAGGCCAAAAACUCAAACAGUAUUAACAAACCUCCUCUAGUUCCUUUUAUAAAGAAAGCACUUAAAGAAAAGCUGUAUCCUUUUUCACACUCAGGCUGAAAUAGUGUUGUGAACACGGAUCUUACGAAGCCUCAUGGUAGAGGAUGAAUUCAAAUCUUAGUGCUCUUUUUUUAUAUAGAUCUUGUAAGACACUUGAAAUAAUAAGUGGGCAAAGCUUGGACCCAUGGGGACAAUCUGUAUUCAUUGUAAAUGAGAUGUACCCCUCACCACGUUUUGCUUCGUAGAUGAAUCACUAUAAAUUUAAAAGAAAACAAAUCUGUCUUUAUCUUAGACUGUAUCAUGCUGCAGAUUCUAAGAUGUACCAUAUUCAAUGUUAUUAAAAAAAAAAAAAAAAAAUUGUAAACCUGUGUUCGCCUAACUUACCUUUCUAAUCUAAACAUGAUAGUUAAUAAAAAAAAAAAGUGUGUAGAUUUUGUUAAUGUAAAACUAAUUGGUAUGUUGUUUAACAGUUGUAGUAUGUUUUUGGAAAAGCAUAUGGGUUCUUUUGAAAGGUGAGGACCCGAAUCAGUCAUUCAUUAAACAGGAUUUAAAGCAGGAGUCGCUACUCCUAAAAUAAUGUUUAAAAUAAUAAUUACGAUUUAUUAUUUAAAAAAAAAAAUACUACCUCUUCAGAAAUGGUUUUCUAAGAGCAAAAUAUUAAAAAGGUUGAGACCGUGUAUCCAUAACUACAAAAUACCAAAACAAUAUUUAUUUCUGUGAUACAAUGCGCCCACAAUAGUAACCAUGGAUUAUUACAAAAAAUACAAACAAAAUGACACACACUACGCCCGACAAGAUAUUCAUAGAAAUAAACAUUUAAUUAAUAAUGUGAAGUACUACCUCUCAGAAAGGAUUAUUAUUAUUAAGAGCAAAACAUAAGAGGCUGGGAGCCUUGAAAAGGUCUGCAUUGAAUCCAUAGGCACCACCUUUAAGUGAUCUAUUAGCAUAUCUAAUGUAGACACACAUCCUUUAUGCUGAAGCUCAAUUGUGUUCUUCAAUUACUGUACUAUAAUGAAGACUGGCUGUUGACGUGCCAGGAAGGGCAAUUGAGAUCUUCAGUUAUUAAGAUUGCUUAGUAGGGCAAUCAUUCUGUUGUUCUCGUUGCAAAGAAAAGUGGACAGGCUGUGGAAAUACUCUUGUGAAUUCACACAGUAGCAAUAUGUAUUAUAUAGUUCUGUUUCCUGCGAGAGGAAUGUCUGAACGAAUACACAGAAGCUGUCUCCAAUGAAUGUAAUAGACGGUUUUUAAGAUACAGAUUUUUUUUUUUUUUUUAAACUGGCUUAAAGAAGACUAAAGUGUUUGUGUAUUCACCAGUCUAAGUAAUUAAAGUAAAUAAAACCCUUCUGAGCCUCACUUGGAAGAUUUGAUUAUAUCGCAUGGGAAGUUUGAGCUGUGGACAGCCUCCAACAAGUAUUAAAGCCAUGGAAAUGCUAAGAGGCUCAAGUUAAGCAUCAAAUGCUGUGUACUGCAUUAACAAUGGUGACGAAUUUAAGGUGGUUCUGCUGGAACAUGGUUGAAAUCAUUUUACAUUUACUAAGCUAAUUGUGAAAUACCAUCUUAAAUCGGCCAGCCACCAUGUUUCCAGGUGAUUGCUCUGGAAGUCUGGCAGCUUUGUAUUUCAGAAAUAGAUUUUUAUUAUGUUUUAUUUUUUAUGAAUAUUGCAGGUUGCGAGGUACAAAAGACGUUUGCUUUUCUACUCCCAGGUGGUGUGUCCAGAUAUUCUAACCAGAUAAUUGAAAGAUUGAUUUAUUGGGUUAUUUUCUGCUUUGUUUGUAUGUAUUUAUGAUGUUCUAUAUAACAGACGAUCUGGCAUUAUGAAAGGGACGACGUAUCUAAUAAAUAAAUAUCCAUCAUGAAUAUCCAAAGAGUCAACUACAGCUUGGAACCAUGCUCCAAAUGAAAUAAUAUUAAUUAUGAGCUGUGCAUCUAAGGAUGAUUAAGGAAAAAAAGGAACUGCAGCAUUUUUAAAAAUAACGCUUUAAAGGUACAUUUGUAAACUGUUUUAUAAUGUGUAGGUUCACAGAGAUCAUUGAUGAAAAAAGCAAACAUUCAUGACACUAGAUAAGUUACUUUACAAUCUUAAUGUGUUAAUGUAUAUUGCGGCUUGGCUUUUGAGCAGUGCUUUUUAUUUUUUUAUAUUACUUUCUUUUUUCUGCACCUGUUUAGCAAUUGUAAAGCUUUCAGCUCAGUUUUUUCUUCCCUAUACUCUCUUGCUUCUGCUAAAUGUAUGUAUUUAUCAUAUUAAGUGCAGCAGGUAUAAUGGUUAAAUAGUUUUUCAUGAAACGUCUGGGACGGUUUUUUGUUUGGUUCGCUAUUUUUUUUUUUUUUUAAUUAAAUGUAUUAUCUUAAAAACAAAAAGUUAGAUGAGCGGUUUAGGUAACACACCUGUUUGUAUAUUUAUCUUAGCUAGGUCUAUUUUGAUACUCUUUGUCUCCGUAUUGCAUUUAUGCAUUUUUAAGGAAAAAAAAAAACAAACAAAACAAAGCUGAAUUCAUUGUGUACUGAUACCUCAGAAGGACUUUCCUCAAAGACAGGACCAAACCUCAAGAAUUUGAAGAAAUAUGUAGCCCCUUCUUGCUUUUAAGAAGGAGCAAUUUUAAAGUAUUUUGUUGGUCCUUUCAGCUGCCAAUAUGUGUAAAAACUCCCUUUAAAACUGAACCAUUCCUGUAGCUACCAUAAUGUUCAAUACUGUGUUUCACCAAGCAGUGGUAGUUUCGAUCUGCUGAAAAUAUUACCUGGGUCAGAAAGUCAUUUUACACCGCUGUGUGCAUCACUGGUGCAACACCACCAACAAAUUACAUUUUGUUUUAUUCCCCACUGCUAACGGGACAGUUUCUGGAUCAAUACAAAAAGUAGUUUACUGUGUCAUGCUUUGAAAUAAUCACCCGUCCAUCGUGUUACAUUCAUUCUGAUUGAGUGUGUAAUAUGACAGCGUGUGGAAUGCAUUGAAAAGGAGAGCCAUGUGUUAAUUUGCAUUCCAUUGAAUUACCUGCAAGCUGUAGAAAAGACUUAUUCUAAAGUGUUACCCGACUCCCACAUUUCAUACAAAUUUGCACUUUCUUUAGUCAAAUGACAGCCUACCCUAAAAGUCACUAAUAAUACUAAUAUCAUAUAUUGGUUCUGGUUAUAUUCCUGCAACACCAUGGCAAGCCCACUGUAAUGUGACAAUUUGGCUGUGCAUUGAUGUUACUGGGUCAAAGACAUCCCACACAGAACAUGGCUCUUCUGCACUGUGGUAAUCACACUUAGAACAGAAGAAACUACCACUCACAAUUAUCCUCCCAUUGUAUCUUAAAACUGUGUAAACAUUUUCCUGCAGUGACUUUCUGUACCUGUUUCAUUUGUUUUAUGUGAGACCUGGGAAGGUGAUGGAUGGGUGGUCGGAGGUAUAUGAGUGAGCAAAUACGCCAGCCCCCACUGACUAUCAUUGCUGGGGUACCCCUCUUACACGAGUCACUGCCAUUUUUCUUCAUGCUGUAUAAAAAAUUUUAAAACACAUAUAUCUGUGUAUUUGUAACCUGAUUCUCCUUGUGUCUGUUCUUGCAGACAAUAAAAAAAACUGUACAGUAGGUCUAGUUGCAUGUAAUCUGUACUAAUUAUUGACAAUGGCAUUAUAAAAUGCAAUAAAAUACUUAUUACACUGUC